UGAGAACACAGAGCACGUCAUAUUUUGUAAGAUUAUAUGAAUAAGGGCUCUCACAGGUGUCUUUUGUUUUUCCUGAUCAUGACUCUCACAGGUGUCGUUACCACGUUCUGCAUGGCAGGCACCUCACACAUGCAGAUUACGUUUAUCUAUGGGUCAUGUUUACAACUUUACAUACUCUCUCUCUCUCUCUCCCUCUCCAAGCAGCUGCCUCCAUCUCUCUCUUUACUAUUCUUUCUUUGAUCCCCUUUCUGGGUCGGUAGACUCGGUACUACUGUUUCUGUGAAUGGAGGCUAAACGCUAUGAAAUUGCCUCGACCGUGGCAUUGCUUCUCCUACUAGGGGUACUACUACUGCCUUUGGAAGCCGGGCGAUUGAACCGGUUGGAUCAGGUGAUCCGGAUGCCAGGGGAGGAAGAUGGACCCGAAGGAAACGGCACCCGAUGGGCGGUUCUCGUCGCGGGUUCGUUGGGAUAUGGGAACUACAGGCAUCAGGCGGAUGUAUGUCAUGCGUACCAAAUACUGAAGAGAGGGGGUUUGAAAGACGAGAACAUAGUUGUGUUCAUGUAUGAUGAUAUUGCAAAGAGUGAACUCAAUCCGAGGCAGGGAAUUCUAAUUAAUCAUCCACAAGGCCAAGAUGUGUAUGCUGGUGUGCCCAAGGAUUACACUGGCGAGCAUGUCACUGUGGAGAAUUUGUACGCAGUGCUUCUGGGGGAUAAAAAAGCUGUGAAAGGUGGAAGUGGGAAGGUUGUGGAUAGCAAACCCAAUGAUAGGAUUUUCUUGUACUACUCUGAUCAUGGUGGCCCUGGCGUGCUUGGGAUGCCAAACAUGCCUUUUCUGUAUGCAAAAGAUUUCAUAGAGGUUUUGAAAAAGAAACACGCAUCUGGAAGCUACAAAGAAAUGGUGUUGUAUAUUGAAGCAUGUGAAAGUGGUAGUGUUUUUGAAGGCUUGAUGCCAACAGAUCUCAACAUUUACGUCACAACAGCAUCAAAUGCAGAGGAGAGUAGCUGGGGAACAUAUUGUCCCGGGAUGGAACCUGCUCCUCCUCCGGAAUACAUAACUUGUUUAGGGGAUCUGUAUAGCGUGUCUUGGAUGGAAGACAGUGAGACCCACAAUCUAAAGAAAGAAACAUUAGCACAUCAGUACACCAAGGUGAAGGAGAGGACUUCAAAUUACAACACAUAUAACGCCGGAUCCCAUGUGAUGGAAUAUGGGAAUAAGAGCAUCAAAGGUGAAAGGGUUUAUCUGUAUCAAGGUUUCGAUCCUGCCACUAAGAACUUUCCGGUAAACGAAAUUUACUUUGGUACACCCAUGGAUGUUGUUAACCAAAGGGACGCAGAUCUUCUUUUCCUGUGGCAAAGGUACGAAAGAUCUGAAGAGGGAUCAGAAAAUAAGAGAACUCUUCUCAAGGAGAUCACAGAAACAGUGAUGCACCGUAAUCACUUAGAUGGUAGCGUAGACAUGAUCGGAGUGCUUCUGUUUGGACCCAAAAAGGGACCUUCUACCCUCAAUUCCUUGAGAAAACCUGGUUUGGCCCUUGUUGAUGAUUGGAUUUGCCUCAAAUCAAUGGUUCGAUUAUUUGAGAAGCAUUGUGGGUCAUUAACCCAGUAUGGCAUGAAACACAUGCGAGCAUUUGCAAACAUAUGCAACAAUGGGGUGUCGGAGGCCGCUAUGGAGGAAGCUUGUGUGGUUGCAUGUGGAGGACAUGACUCCGGCCAGUGGCAUCCUUCAUUUAGAGGGUAUAGUGCUUGAUUGUUGAAACUUAGGUACAUGGUGACGAUCAAUGUUGCACAUGUCAGUUUGUAACAUAUAAAGAGCUUAUACAUACUUCUAAACUUAGUUUUGUUUUCUGUGUUUUCACUACCUCUCCUAUUUCAUGAUUGUACAUAAGCAAAACUAAAGAAGUUGAAUAAGCAU